AUGAUUCUAACAGAUAAUGAAAGUCAACAUGUUGUGUUGAUAGAAGAUGAAGCCCUAGGAGAGAGAGACGGAACGGAGGAAAACAUAAUAUCAAAAGGCAUUUCGGCCGGUCCAAUGGUCCGGCUCUAUCGGACCGGUUCUCGGGUGGUUUUCGGUUCUGCAACUCCAAAUACAGCCCUAUGCAUGAAUGAUCAAGAGGAAGUACUUAGAAUAGUGAAGCCGCAACAUUUUCUUCCUGUACAUGGAGAAUAUUUGUUCCUGAAGGAGCAUGAAUCACUUGGAAAAUCAACUGGCAUUCGGCAUACUGCUGUUAUAAAGAACGGAGAGAUGCUUGGGGUUUCACACUUGAGAAAUAGAAGGGUUCUUUCUAAUGGUUUCAUUUCUCUUGGAAAAGAGAAUUUACAGUUGAAAUAUAGUGAUGGCGACAAAGCAUUUGGUACAUCUAGUGAACUCUUUAUUGAUGAAAGAUUGAGAAUUGCGUUAGAUGGCAUCAUUGUGAUCAGCAUGGAAAUAUUUCGCCUUAAAAAUUUAGAAAGUUUAGCUGAAAACACCUUGAAAGGGAAGAUAAGAAUUACCACGAGAUGCCUAUGGCUAGACAAUGGGAAGCUGUUAGAUGCACUAUAUAAAGCUGCUCAUGCAGCGCUUUCUAGCUGUCCCGUUAAAAGCCCACUGCCUCACAUGGAAAGAACUGUGUCUGAGGUGUUGAGGAAGAUGGUGAGAAAGUACAGUGGUAAACGGCCCGAAGUAAUCGCCAUUGCCAUAGAAAACCCUGGAGCUGUUUUUGCUGAUGAGAUAAACACAAAAUUGUCUGGCAAGUCCCAUGUUGGUCCUGGAAUAUCAACAUCAAUAAAAGUAGUGGAUGAACGUAGAAAGAAAAACCAGUCCACCACAACGCAAAUAAGAGAUGAUAACAUUGAUAUUAAAGGACUAUUACCUGAGAAAGACACCACUACAAGUGGAGCUGAGGGCGAUUUACCUGAUUCAGCGGAUUCAGAUGAAUUUUGGAAAUCAUUCAUUGCAUCAUCAGUUGAGAAGUCAAUCAAAGCUAACAAUGGUUAUGUUUCACGAAAAGAGUAUAAGUCCAAUCUGAAGCAAGAUGAUUCUGAAGACACUGGUGAAGCCAACUCUGAAGAAAUGUCUAAUGCUGAGCCAGAGUCAUCAAAAUCAAUAAAGAACAAUAAAUGGAAAGCUAAGGAAGUUAAAAAGCUGAUUGAUUUGCGGAGUGACCUCCGUGACAGAUUUAAAGUUGUGAAGGGAAGGAUGGCUCUCUGGGAAGAGAUAUCUCAGAGCUUGUUGGCUGACGGGAUCAGCAGAAGUCCUGGACAAUGCAAAUCUCUGUGGACAUCUUUGGUAAUGAAAUAUGAGCAGGAGAUCAAGAAUGGGAAGGAUAGAAGAAAAAAUUGGCAAUAUCUUGAAGACAUGGAAAAGAUAAUGUCUAGCGACGAAGCACCGGCAUCAAAUUGA